AACAGCAAAGAUGCUUCUGGAAUCUAUGAAAUCUAAAGAUGUUUCAGACAGUAAAUACAUGCAGUUUAUUUCUAAAAAUGUAUGGAAGUUUCUAAUUUUUUAUUAAGUUUCAAGUCAUUAAUUUAUAUUACAGAUGCAUUAGUGGCCAUGAGUGUAAGUUUACUCCCUCACUUGUAUCCGCCAAAACAUAUGAAAAGAAUACGGAAUAAGAGUUUCAAGCCUUCUAUUGGACUUGCAAAAGAGACUAUAUUAAAAUUUGCAAAUAUUCUUGGUGACAUGGUAAGACUAAGGCAAGAAGCAAAAUCGAGGGCGACAGAUCUUAAACUUCCAAUCCAACCCUUUUUAAUCAUCGUGGGAUCUAUUGAAGACGUACAAGAUGUUUAUGUCUGUGUUGACAACGAGCUAUACAAAGUUCAAGGACUUCUACAAGGUCUAAAUAUUUGUUUCAAGACAUUUCAUGUAUUCAAUCUGCAAUAUCCUUUGGCCAGUGAACACAUAUGGAUAUUAAUUCAAAAGGGAAUCUAUAAAAUCAAUUUGCCCUGUGAUAAGCAUAUCAUAUCUAUUGAACAUGCAGUAAAACAGCUAACUAAGGGAAAUACCGAAGAGGAACAAAUGGAAUGAGUACAAAGAAUUAUUUUAAUAUAAAAUGCACGAAAGAAAAUAUUUUCUUGUUUUUUUAUUACAAUAUUUAGUCUUGCGAUAAGUCACGAAAUAUAUAAUAAUAUACUGUAAACUGAAAGCGCCCGAUAUAAUAUCGAUAUAAUAUCAUUUAUUAUGUUUAUUUUAUCUUGUAUUUAUGUAGAUUUUAAGUUUAUGUUAAAUUGCGUUUCAUAGAAAAUGUUUUCUUGCUUUUUCUGCUCCCAUUUAUUCUUUAAAACAUAAAGCAUUUAUGAAUUAUGAGGUGCAAUGUAAUAUUACAGAUUGCUUUUACAAAUUUGCUUGUGUUUGUUCAUUAAUGAAACAUAUAAAAAAUGAACAUUCUGUACAAAAAUGGUCUUGUGAAAUAACUGAAAUAUCAAAUAACGCGAAUAAAGAUGUUGUACAUUUAAUUAAAGAAACAAAUACAAUAGAACAACAUAAAACUAUUCUGACUGAACCAUUGAAAGAUCUAUCGGAAACGUUAUACAAUAACGAAGAAUUCAGUAUUGAUUAUUUUAAAAGUAAGGUUUUCAAUUUUGCUCUUUGCUUGGUAACGCAACUGUAUGCCUAUGGAAGUUUAAACAGAAAAGUAAUCCAUAAAAUUAUUAUUGAUAUAUGUACAACGUAUAUUAAUAAUUGUUUAGAUUUUUUGAAAUGUAAAUUUCAAAAUACUGAAUUACAUGAUAUGUUAGAUGUGAUGAAAAAUGGUUUUAACAUAUUUAGAACAGAACAUUUGACAUUAAAAUUUUUGAGUAAAAUAAAUUGUUUUUUCCCGCCAAAGAAAGUCAUUAUUAGAUCUUUUUUAAAAUAUGGUAAAUUAAAAAGUAAAACAUGUUUCGUAAUCCGUAAAAGAACAUUGAGCAUAAUACCUAUAAAAUUAGUAUUAAAAAAAUUUUUAGAGAUGCCAAUGGUUUUUUCUGCAAUAAUGAAGUUUGUAGACAAAUGUAACAGAAGUUUGGUCAUUAAUUCGGUAAUUAAAGGUGAUUUUUGGAAAAAAAUCGUAGCUAGUCAAACUGAUAAAAUUAUUUUUCCUUUAGUUUUGUAUUUUGAUGACAUAGAAAUUAAUAAUCCUUUAAGGACGCAUAGAACCGUCAACAAGAUAGGCGCAGUGUACUGUUCUAUUCCAAUUUUACCCAUCGAAUACGUUAGUAAAUUGGAAAAUAUUUUUUUAUAUCAAUUACAUAAUUCUCAGGAUCACAACGUUUUAGGGAAUAAAAACAUUUUUCAUCUCAUCAUAAAGCAAAUCAUUGAUCUUCAAAAUAAUGGAAUUAUUAUCAACAUCGAUGGAGAGGAAAAGAAAAUUUUUUUUGUUUUAACUUAUAUAGUAGGUGACAACUUAGGACUGAAUACAAUUCUUGGUUUUUCGAAAAGUUUUAAUUCCUCAUACUGUUGUCGAGUUUGUACGCUUUCUAAAGAUGAAAUGGUAAAACAAAAAAAAGAAAAACCAGAAAAGUUAAGAACAAGAGAAAAUUAUUUUACACAUUGCAGUGAAAAAACUUUUGGAAUUAAAGAAAAUUGUGUAUUUCAUGUAAUAUCAAAUUAUCAUGUAACUCAAAAUUUUUCAGUGGACCCAAUGCACGAUUUAUUCGAAGGGAUAUGCAGAUACGAUUUGGCUAAAAUUUUGAAUAAUUUUAUUAAUAAAGAAAACUUUUUUACCUUGGAUGUUUUGAACGAACGAAUUAACUGUUUCAAUCAUACUGCCGACUCUAAUGUUCCACCACCUAUACAAUCAGAUUCCAUUAAAAAAGAACUAAUUAUAUUAUCAGCAUCUGAAAUGCAUUAUCUAAUAAAAAAUCUCGGUCUGUUCGUUGGUGAUUUAAUUAAAAGUAAUAAUAAAUAUUGGCAAUUAUAUUUAAUAAUGCGUAAAAUUGUGUGCAUAGCAAUAGCAGAUGCUAUUAACGAAGAAAUUAUUGAAAUUUUUGAAAAAUUAGUUUUCUAAUAUUUAACAUCCUAUAAAUAAUUAUUUAAAUGCAACUUUAAAUUUAAGCAUCAUAUUUUCCUGCAUUAUCCUCGAAUUAUGCGUUUAUUUGGUCCACUCAAAAAUAUGUCCAGUAUACGUUACGAAGCCAAGCACAAGCAAAUAAAAGAAACUAGUAAAAUUAUCACCAGUCGU